CGCUCUCUCCAUCCAUGGCCAUGAGAGCCUAAAUGCCAAAGCAGUCAAGCUGAAAAGACCGAGAGGAAAAGGAGUUCCUUUCCGUGCGCCCGCUCCGGUUUCUGCUCCCGCCGCCAUGCCGCCGCCGCCGAGGCUGCUGUUCUUGCUCGUCAUGCUGCUGGUCGCGGCGCCGGAGGCGUCGGUGUUCGGGGCGAACGCGCCGCCGGCGACGGAGGUGCAGGCGGAGAUCAGCGCGCUCCUCCAGUUCCGGAGCGGGCUGCGCGACCCCUACGCCGCGAUGUCCGGGUGGAACGCGGCCUCGCCGUCCGCGCCAUGCUCCUGGCGCGGCGUGGCGUGCGCGGCCGGCACCGGCCGCGUCGUCGAGCUGGCGCUCCCGAGACUCCGCCUGUCCGGCAGCAUCUCCCCGGCGCUGUCGGCUCUGUCGUACCUCGAGAAGCUCAGCCUCCGCUCCAACUCGCUCUCUGGCACCAUCCCGGCGUCGCUCUCCCGCAUCUCCUCCCUCCGCUCCGUCUACCUCCAGUACAACUCCCUCUCCGGCCCCAUUCCUCAGUCCUUCCUUGCCAACCUCACCAACCUCCAGACGUUCGACGUGUCCGGCAAUCUAUUGUCCGGUCCUCUCCCUGUUUCCUUCCCUCCCAGCUUGAAGUACCUUGACCUCUCCUCCAAUGCCUUCUCCGGCAACAUCCCGGCGAACGUCAGCGCAUCGGCGACGAACCUCCAGUUCUUGAACCUGUCAUUCAACCGCCUCCGGGGCACCGUGCCGGCGUCGAUGGGGACCUUGCAGAACCUGCAUUACCUCUGGCUGGACGGGAACCUUCUUGAGGGCACCAUCCCAUCGGCGCUGUCCAACUGCUCGGCGCUGCUCCACCUCAGCCUGCAGGGGAAUGCGCUCCGCGGCAUCUUGCCGCCCGCGGUGGCUGCGAUUCCGUCGCUGCAGAUUCUUUCGGUGUCACGGAACCGGCUCACAGGCGCCAUCCCGGCUGCGGCGUUCGGCAGCGUGGGGAACUCGUCGCUGCGCAUCGUGCAGGUCGGCGGCAACGAGUUCUCUCAUGUGGACGUGCCGGGAGCGCUCGGCAAGGAUCUCCAAGUGGUGGACUUGAGCGCCAACAAAUUGGCCGGUCCAUUCCCGUCCUGGCUCGCCGGGGCUGGCGGGUUGACUGUGCUCGACCUUUCUGGCAAUGCGUUCACCGGCGAAGUACCUCCGGCGGUAGGGCAGCUCACUGCACUGCAGGAGCUGCGGCUUGGCGGCAAUGCCUUCACAGGCACCGUGCCCGCGGAGAUUGGCAGAUGCGGCGCGCUUCAGGUGCUUGACCUCGAGAACAACCGUUUCUCCGGCGAGGUUCCUGCUGCUCUUGGCGGUCUCCGGCGGCUCAGAGAGGUCUAUCUUGGCGGUAACUCAUUCUCCGGCCAGAUUCCGGCCAGUUUGGGGAGCCUCUCGUGGCUGGAAGCAUUGUCCACACCGGGGAAUCGGCUCACCGGUGACCUGCCCGUUGAGCUCUUCGUGCUGGGGAAUCUGACAUUCUUGGACCUUUCCGACAACAAGCUCGCCGGGGAGAUCCCUCCUUCCAUUGGCAAUCUGACCGCUCUUCAGAGUUUAAAUUUGAGCGGCAAUUCCUUCUCCGGCCGCAUCCCGUCGAACAUUGGCAACCUGCUGAACCUGCGAGUUCUUGAUCUCUCUGGUCAGAAGAACCUCUCAGGCAAUCUCCCGGCGGAGCUCUUCGGUUUGCCACAGUUGCAGUAUGUGUCGCUCGCCGGCAACUCUUUCUCCGGUGACGUUCCAGAGGGGUUCAGCAGCCUGUGGAGCCUGCGUCAUCUCAACCUCUCGGUGAACUCAUUCUCGGGCUCAAUGCCGGCUACCUAUGGAUACUUGCCAUCACUCCAGGUGCUCUCGGCUUCCCACAACCGUAUCACCGGCGAGUUGCCUGUGGAACUCGCCAACUGUUCCAACCUCACCGUGCUUGAUCUCAGGGUCAACCAGCUGACUGGUCCAAUUCCGAGUGAUUUUGCGCGCCUUGGCGAGUUGGAGAAACUUGAUCUGAGCCACAAUCAGCUGUCCGGCAAGAUACCACCAGAGAUUUCCAACUGCUCAUCACUUGCCACUCUGAAGCUUGAUGACAAUCAUCUUGGCGGCGAGAUACCGGCCUCUUUAUCCAACCUCACGAAGCUGCAGACUCUUGACCUGUCGUCGAACAAUUUCACCGGCAGCAUCCCUGCUUCAUUGGCUCAAAUUCCAGGCAUGUUAUCAUUCAAUGUGUCACACAAUGAGCUCACCGGCGAGAUACCAGCAAUGCUUGGCUCCCGAUUUGGCACUCCAUCAGUGUUUGCUUCCAACCCGGACCUGUGUGGUCCGCCAUUGGAGAACGAAUGCAGUGCCUACCGGCAGCAUAGGAGGCGGCAGAGGCUGCAGCGCCUGACUCUGCUCAUUGGCGUGGUGGCUGCUACGGUGCUCCUGCUCGUGCUGUUCUGCUGCUGCUGUGUGUACAGCUUGCUGCGGUGGAGGCGCCGGUUCAUUGAGAAGCGCGAUGGUGUCAAGAAGAGGCGACGCAGCCCAGGGCGGGGCAGCGGGUCGAGCGGCACAAGCACAGAUAGUGUCACCCAGCCGAAGCUGAUCAUGUUCAAUUCCCGGAUCACCUAUGCCGAUACGGUGGAGGCGACACGGCAGUUUGACGAGGAGAACGUGCUUAGCCGAGGCCGCCAUGGUCUCGUGUUCAAGGCUUGCUACAAUGACGGCACCGUGUUAGCGAUCCUACGACUUCCUUCCACCUCAUCCGAUGGCGCCGUGGUGAUUGAGGAAGGCUCGUUCAGGAAAGAGGCCGAGUCCCUCGGCAAGGUGAAGCACAGAAACCUCACUGUGCUGCGUGGCUAUUACGCCGGGCCACCGCCAGAUGUUCGACUGCUGGUCUAUGACUACAUGCCCAACGGCAACCUCGCGACAUUGCUGCAGGAAGCGUCGCACCAAGACGGACACAUCCUCAAUUGGCCUAUGAGGCACCUCAUCGCCCUCGGCGUCUCCCGCGGCCUUGCGUUCCUGCACCAGUCCGGCGUCGUGCACGGCGACGUCAAGCCGCAGAACAUCCUCUUCGAUGCUGACUUCGAGCCGCACCUGUCGGACUUCGGGCUGGAGCCAAUGGUGGUGACGGCUGGUGCUGCCGCGGCCGCGGCGGCUGCAUCGACGUCAGCUACAACAACCGUCGGUUCGCUGGGCUACGUCGCCCCGGACGCGGCGGCCGCUGGUCAGGCCACACGGGAAGGUGACGUCUACAGCUUCGGCAUUGUGCUGCUCGAGCUCCUCACCGGCCGGCGCCCCGGAAUGUUCGCCGGGGAGGACGAAGACAUCGUGAAGUGGGUGAAGCGUCAGCUGCAGCGCGGGGCGGUGGCCGAGCUGCUCGAGCCGGGCCUACUGGAGCUCGACCCGGAGUCGUCAGAGUGGGAGGAGUUCCUCCUCGGGAUCAAGGUCGGCCUGCUCUGCACGGCGCCGGACCCGCUCGACCGCCCGGCCAUGGGCGACGUGGUGUUCAUGCUCGAGGGCUGCCGCGUCGGCCCUGACAUCCCGUCGUCGGCCGAUCCGACCUCCCAGCCAUCCCCGGCGUGAUAUCCGGCGCCCCUCGGCCGGCACUGCCCGAUCCAAUCCAUUAGUUUCCUGUUCCUUCCAUUUUUCGCUAAUUCUUCUUUAGUUCAGAUUAGCCUUUAGCUUCAUCUAGCCGGACAAUCAAACUGACAUGUGAGCCCGGGAGCAAGAACACCUGCAUUUCCCGCCAAGGAUAGUGGAGGCGCCAAGUGGGGAGAAGUAGCCGUUAGGACUCCUCCUAAUCUCGUAGUUAGGCGAGGUGUCAGUGGGCUGCCGGGGAAGCAGAAUCACCAUGUGGACGGAUGCUUGCCGCGGCGCAUGUGGGGCUCGCCAUCGCAACGGCUACUGAUGCAGUGCUCGAUCUGGUUGCUGUCUCUCUCCACCAUGUUCUUGGCUGCUCUGUAGGAGAGUACCAUGUACUCUCCUCUCUCUCUCUCAUUAGGAAAUUGAUUUCUUGUAGGGGCCUGCUUGGCUUCUUGGGAUCUUGUCUUUUAUUAAUCUCCAAUUUUCUUUUACCAUGGGUUAGAUCUUUUGUAAUGCUGUGCUGUACAUCUUGGCUGUAUUUUGUUAUCCCAAUUGGUUCAAGAGGAUGGUGGGAGAUGAAUGAUGCUUCAUAGUUAGCCGUUAAAACCUUUUCCCCUCUGCAUGGAAUGAUUUGUGUAUGGCAGUAUUCAGCAGGAGUACAUCCAAGUAUUCUUUGUGCACAUGUGUAUCAGUUUAUACACUGUUUGAUUAGAUGGGGACCCUACUUAUCUAUUG